UUGUUGAAGGCGUCAGGGAAGUCCCGUUAUUUCACUGUUGGCGGCAGGAAAUCGAUCGGCGUUCCGUAAUCCGUUGCACGAGCGAGUCCGCGACGAGCGCGAAGAUGGAGACGCCGUUGAUCGCGGAAGAAGGGAGGGGAUUCGCGUCUGGCCUCACGGCUGCCUUCUCUAGUCGAAGACGGCAGCAGAGCGGCGUCCACCAGAGGCGCAGGUCGUUCUUCUCGAGGGACGAUGCCUUAACCUUGGGAGAUAACUACCAGAAGGCCGCGGCUCUUGUGGAUCUGGCAGAUGACGGUGUUGGUCUUCCAGAGGAAAUUUUAAAUGACAAAAGAUUUGAAAAAGCUGCAAAGUUCUACUUCAUUUACAUUCGCUUGGAUUUGCUAUGGUCACUUAAUCUUUUUGCCAUAGUUGUACUCAACUUUCUUGAGAAACCGCUAUGGUGUCAAAAGAAUGGCAGCGAUGUUUGUGUUGAAAGGAAGUAUUAUUUCCUUGGACAGCUGCCUUAUCUAAAUGAAAGGCAGUCCCUUACUUAUGAGGGGAUAACACUUCUCAUUCUCACAAUUUAUAACUUGUUUCCACUUGCUUAUGAGGGUCUUCAUCGUUACUGGGAGAACAAUUUGAACAAGUUAAAGGUGGUGCUUUUGUUAGUUUUAGUUUGUGAUAUGCUGGUAUAUUCUCUCUGUCUCUCGAAUGUGCUCAUUUUUUUAUUGCCUUUGAGAGUUGCGCCCUAUGUUCGCAUAAUCUUUGUUAUUUUAUCAGUCAGGCACUUGUAUGGAUGUAUGCUAACACUAGCUGGAAUGGCUGGCACAUACCUUAAUAUCUUGGCUCUUUCCACGUUGUUCCUCUUGUUUUCCAGCUGGUUAGCUUAUGUAAUAUUUGAGGACACAGAACAGGGGGAAUCCAUGUUUACUUCCUAUGGGACCACAUUAUAUCAGAUGUUUGUAUUGUUCACCACAUCAAACAAUCCAGAUGUAUGGGUUCCUGCCUACAAGAGUUCACGUUGGUCUUGCAUAUUUUUUGUUCUUUAUAUUCUGCUGGGUGUCUAUUUCCUCACAAACCUUAUUCUUGCUGUUGUUUAUGAUAGCUUCAAGAACCAGCUUGCAAAACAAGUUUUUCAGAUGGACCUAAUGAGAAAAAACAUCUUGGAAAAGGCAUUCAAUCUUAUAAAUGUUUCUGGCUAUUUGAACAAGCAACAAUGUAGUCAUCUAUUUGAAGAAUUGAAUGAAUAUCGGUCUUUGCCAAAAAUUUCAAAAGAAGAUUUUGAAUUGAUAUUCGAGGAGCUUGAUGACAGUGGUGAUUUCAAGAUUAAUUUGGAAGAGUUCACUGAUCUUUGCAAUGCUAUUGCAUUACGGUUCCAAAGAGAAGCUGUACCAUCAUGGUUUGAGAACUAUCCAACAUUUUACCGAUCACGUCCGUGCGAAAUGUUAAAGGCAUUUGUUCGCAGCACAACAUUUGCUAAUAUUGUGGGGUUUGUGCUUAUAAUCAACCUAGUUGCUGUUGUAAUUGAAACAACGCUUGACAUACAGAACAGUUCUGCUCAAAAAUUUUGGCAAGAAAUUGAGUUUUUCUUUGGAUGGAUUUACGUAUUGGAGAUGGCUUUGAAAAUCUUUUCCUUUGGCUUUGACGCUUAUUGGAUGGAUGGGCAAAAUCAAUUUGAUUUUGUGAUUACAUGGACAAUUGUUAUAGGAGAGACUUUGACUUUUGCCUCCCCGUCUACGUUUCCUUUUCUUUUGAAUGGAGAAUGGAUUCGCUACCUUUUGAUUGCUAGGAUGCUAAGAUUAUUGAGGCUUCUGCAACAUGUCAAGCAGUACAAAGCAUAUGUGACAACUUUCCUGACUCUUAUUCCUAGUUUGAUGCCAUACCUUGGGACUAUAUUUUGUGUGCUAUGCAUUUAUUGCUCACUUGGAGUACAGCUUUUUGGCGGGAUUGUAAAUGCUGGAAACACUGAACUGGCGUCUACAGAUCUUUCUGAUAGCGACUAUUUGCUUUUUAAUUUCAAUGAUUACCCAAAUGGGAUGGUAACACUGUUUAAUUUGCUCGUGAUGGGAAAUUGGCAAGUAUGGAUGCAGAGCUACAGUGAAUUGACUGGAACAUAUUGGACACUUAUAUACUUCAUCAGUUUCUACCUAAUAACAGUCUUGCUGCUUCUUAAUUUGGUUGUUGCUUUCAUAUUAGAGGCGUUCUUUGCUGAAAUGGAUCUUGAAUCAGCCAAUGAACCUAAUGAGGAUGCGCCUGAAAGGAAGGGAAGACGACGACUUACUGGUGCAAGCUCGAGAAACCGCACAGUUGAUAUCCUCCUCCAUCGAAUACUAAGUGCCGAGCUAGAGGAAAGCCAGAAUGCUGAAGCAUAGCUCAACUAUUUACUCUACAAAGGUCACUAGAUAUGCUGAACCAUAAAAUGAUUCUUUAUACUUCAACAAUAGUGUGCACUGAUGUAGUUUGUUAUCUGCUCUACAUUUCAAUUCUUUUCUUAGAGUGAUGCUUGUUUUGCGACUAAUUUGUGUUCGAAUUAAUCGAGACCGGUAUGUUAGUUCAACCCUAACAAUCUUGGGAGAAUCAGGCUCAAUUGUAGAAAUAAAAUAUCAAUUACCCUUGAGCUUAA